UGUAGAGAACGUCAGACAGUUCAGCUGCUACUUCCUGUCCGUCCGACAGAGUUAUAAACUGUUAUAUAAUACAAAAGGUUUAAAAAAAAUUAUUUUAUUUUUUCGUUAAAUUGUUCGCAAAAAUAAACAAGAAACGGAUGAUCAAUCUGGUUUCUUACAUUUGUUGAGUUAAAUAGUUACAAAUUUAGUGAAACAGACUGGUUUCAGUAUCAUCCACUUGCAUCAACACAUUUAUUUAGUGUCACAGUAGCUAAAAUAUAGUCUCAUUUUCAUUGAAAGUGUUUCAUAAAAUUAGCCAAAGUGAUUCUCAUAAGGCAUUACAUUGAAGACCUGCGAAGGUUAAUUGAAGAGAAGAUGUCUAUUAAUCCUCAGGGUUACAAACUGUCUGACAGAACAGGCAAACUCACGGCAGAGGAUAUCCUGCCGCACAAUACUGCAGCUGGACCGGAAACUAGAGAGUUUCUGUUAAAAGUUAUAGACGUUCUACUGGACUUUGUCAAAGCUUCAAAUGACCGAAACGAAAAAGUUUUGGAAUUUCAUCAUCCCGAGGAUAUGAAACGAUUGCUGGAUUUGGAUGUUCCUGAUACGGCCGUGCCUUUGCAGCAACUUAUCCAAGAUUGUGCAACAACAUUAAAAUACCAAGUGAAAACUGGUCAUCCACAUUUCUUCAAUCAAUUGUCCACUGGAUUGGAUUUAGUUUCAAUGGCUGGCGAAUGGUUGACUGCCACCGCCAACACAAACAUGUUCACAUACGAAAUUGCGCCAGUCUUCAUUUUGAUGGAAAAUGUUGUACUAACGAAAAUGCGUGAAAUUAUCGGAUGGAAUUGUGGCGAUUCGAUAUUGGCACCGGGUGGUUCGGUUUCAAAUUUGUAUGCAUUUUUGGCAGCCAGACACAAAAUGUUCCCGAACUACAAAGAACACGGUGCCAAAUGCUUACCCGGCGAAUUGGUAAUGUUCACCUCGGAUCAGAGCCAUUAUUCGGUAAAAUCAUGUGCCUCGGUCGGUGGCUUAGGAACGGACAAUUGUAUAAUCAUUAGUUCCGAUACCGCUGGCAGAAUGAUUCCCAGUGAACUGGAACGAGCUGUAGUCGAGCAUAAGAAUCGUGGACAAAUUCCAUUCUUUGUUAGUGCUACCGCCGGUACAACGGUACUCGGUGCGUUCGAUCCAUUGAUGGAAAUUGCUGAUAUUUGCCAAAAAUACGGGCUGUGGUUGCAUGUUGAUGCUGCCUGGGGUGGUGGACUUCUGAUGUCGAAGAAAUAUCGCCAUCCAAGAUUAACUGGCAUUGAACGAGCUGAUUCAGUUACUUGGAAUCCACACAAACUAAUGGGUGCUUUACUUCAGUGUUCAACGAUACAUUUUAAAGAAGAUGGCCUUCUAAUCAGUUGUAACCAAAUGUCAGCUGAAUAUCUUUUUAUGACUGACAAACUCUACGAUAUCAGCUAUGAUACUGGUGAUAAAGUAAUACAAUGUGGACGGCACAACGAUAUCUUUAAGUUGUGGUUGCAGUGGCGCUCAAAGGGCACCGAUGGAUUCGGCAAAACCAUCGACACGCUAAUGGAUUUGGCGCUGUAUCAGGUCCGGCGUAUCAAAGCUCAACCGGAUAAAUUCUAUUUGAUCAUGGAGCCGGAGUGUGUCAACGUUUCGUUCUGGUAUAUACCGAAACGGCUAAGAGGUGUCGCCCAUUCACCAAGCAAGGAAAGCGAAUUGGCUAAGAUUUGCCCAAUAAUCAAAGGACGGAUGAUGGAAUCUGGAACUCUAAUGGUUGGCUACCAACCCGACGAUCGUCGUCCGAAUUUCUUCCGAUCAAUUAUAUCUUCAGCUGCCGUUACCCAACAGGACGUUGAUUUUAUGUUAAACGAAAUCGACCGACUCGGACAAGAUUUGUAAAUUGUAAAUAAAAAUGUUUAGUUUUUGUCUGGAGUUUGGUUAAAUUAAAAUUCAACGAAAAUGAGGUAACGAUGGAUCUGUUCAGUUGAUUUUAUUUUAGACGAAUCGGUUGAUUAGGAACAACCAACCCAUCUUGACGCAUUGUGCCACAAAUCAUUUAAUCGAAUUAGAAAAAAAAAUAUGAAAAAAAAACACAAAAAAAAACAACCAAGAAAAUUUCAUUUAGAAGAACAUAUCAAAGAAAGAUCUUCUUUAUAUUUUAAAAGAUUAAAAAACAAAAAUAUUUAAUUGAAAUUAUUAUCAUAGGAAAAUUAUAUAUAUUUGUCGUUAAUGAUGUUGAACAAAGUAUAUGCAUACGAAAACCUAUAAAACAAAGAUUAUUGAAAAUUAUUGAAAAAUAAAGAAAAGAAAAAGAUUUGAAAGAGAAAUGGGAAGUUAUAGUAAUCGUAAAGGAAAAACUAAAUUAUAGAAAAACAGAAAUCUGCAUAGGAAACAUAUCAGUUGUAUGACGAUUGACAGCAUUUUAUUUAGAAAGGAAAAAGGAAGUGAUUUGCAACAAAGAGAAAAUGAAAAGUGAAAAUAUAUUUUAUAACGCUGCUAUGCCGGAUUGGUGCUUCAUAAUAUUGAUUUUGCUUGGAAAAUUUUUAUUUUGAAUUUUUGAAAAAGAAAACCUGAAGGAAGAUACAACUGACUAAUAAAAUCUAACUAAAUGAAAUGAUCAUUCUAAAAACCACCGACCGACAUAGCAUAAAUAUAACUAAAUAAAUAAAUUGUAAACAACGGAAAUGUUCACCGCUCAUAAUUUAAAUAAACAAGAGAAACAAUAUAUCUAAAACUCAAACGUCUUACCGCAAUUCUAUUGAUUCAAUUAAAUUAUAAAUUUAUUAAUUGUUACAUUAUUGAUGAAAUUGAAAAUGAAGAAGGAGGAGGAGAAGAAGAAGAAGAAAAUUUAUAUUUAUUCAUGUGUUGAAUGUACCUUUCAAUUAACAAAAAGAAAAAAGAAUGAAAUUCAAUUAAUCCAUAGGAUAAAUAUUAAAAUUAUAAAAUAUAAUUGUUACCAGUAUGAAUGUCAUCACUGUUUCUCGUGUAUAAAAUCUGUGAUUAUUUUUUCAUUGUUAUUUCCCCCAGCCACUUUUUUCCAACUUUAUUUUUAUAGGAGUGGGUAAACGUCAACCCUUUUCAUUUGGUUUCGACAAGAUGUAAAAAAGAAUAGAAGUUUGUUCACCAAGGGAAAAAUAAGUUGGAAAUUUCAUUCCGAAGGUGGUGUUUGUGACCAGAGCGUAGCGAGGGCAUCCAGUCACCCGAGGAAAGGAAAUUUCUUCCUUUUUUCCCGAGGUCACACAACGUUUUUUCACAACAAAGACGUCCGAAGUUUCAGCUGAGGUAAAAAAUUACUAUUUUCUCUCCUGCGUUGUGAAAAACUUUUUGACGAAAUGGAAGAGAAAAUAAAAGACAUGUAUGUUGCCUGACCCGACAUUUCUGAUAUUUAAAAAAUAUAAUUCAGAGACCAUUUUAAUUUUAAUCAGUCUAUUCUAUGUUCACAUCACUCAACUCAAGCUCAAAGAUUAAAUUCGUUUUUUGUCGUACAAAGACAACUUGGUUUUAGUAAAGCAACAUAUAAUUUCUCGUUAGCUGUACUGAGCUUCAUCUAGCUCUGAACUUUGGAAUGUAAACCAGACGUUGUUAACAGAAAAUUUGGAAUUUUCUUCAUUUAUGAAUUUCCAUUAGAAUGACAAAGAUUAUUUUCUUAAUUUGAAAAAACCUGAUCAAUCUAUACUCUAGUACAACCCCUUGUCUUAAAUGGAAAUCGACAUGUCAUCUCUGAUGACAAACCUUAACUUGUAAAGAAUUUUUACAAAAUUAUGUCCGAGCACGAUCUCCCUGCACUCGUCUUCAAACUGUAAUAUAUCAACAAAAACCUUUGUACAUUUGAGAUUAAAACUAAAAACUAAGAUGUAGCUAAAACAAAAUCGCAAAAUAGAAAGAUGAAAAACCAUAAACAAAACUAUGGCAUUUAAAGUAUAGAGAAUACGUUCUGUUCUUAGUUCUAAUUUUUAUUUUUAAUGAAAUUUAGUUUAUGAUUUUCCAAUUAUAUUAAAGACGAUUACUAAAACAAAUGUUCCAUAUACAAUGGCAACAUUGGGUAAAAUCUAUGUGUAGCUUGCAAUAAAAAAAAAUUGUAGUUUAUCUACUUGUAAUAAUCGUAUUAUAAAAAAGAACCUAAUGAUAAGAAUAAAGAAAUUGAAUUGAAAUUAUUUUUAUUGUUGAUUCUGCUAAAAAAACAAACAAAUGAAAAUAUAUUUUUAAUGAAAAAUCUGUUAAAAUAUGAAAAAAAGAAAAGAAAAUAUUUUCGCUAAACAGACCAUUUAUUUCGCGCGCGUGUGUAGGUUGUAUAAGAGAUGGAUGAGUUUAAUAAAAAAAAAUACUACAAGUAAAAACUAAACAAAAUGAAUUGAACGCUUACCGAUACUUUAUAUUACAAAUUAUUAUAUUGAGAUCGUCAAACGAUGCUAAAGAAACAUUAUUUUGUAAAUAAGUUUUUCCCUCAUUUUUCUUUAUGAUUUCUCACUCAAAGAUUGUUUGUUGUAAAUUGCACCGAAAACCCGAACGUACACUAAAUAGAUAAAUCUGUAAAGCACAUUUAAUGCACUCGAUUCUCUUUAGUUAUUUUAAUAAUUUUAAUUACAGAGCUUCUGUCCAAGUGUUUCUUAACAUUCAAUUUAUUCUCGUCUGAUGAAGAUGAUUCUAUACUGUAACAGUAAUUGAAGGAAAACAAUUUUAUCGUUCGAAAAUAAUAUUUCUAAACUCAUCGUCAAAUUUCGAUGUAAACCCCAUCAUCUUCUAUGAACUUCGCAAGGUUUCCCUUCAUCUGAAUCCAGAUCUUACCUGAUCUAAUCUGACCUGAAUUUAAUAAGUUCAAAAACUUAUUUGAUCUGAUCUGAACUGAAAUUGGAACUGAAAAAUUCAAUGUAAAAUGGAAAAAUUUGAUUUAGAGAAUAAGGUGACCCGAAAACUGCCAUGUCGCGUCAGGUCAGAAAAAAACAGAUGGAAUCAGGAUUCAAAUCAAUUCAGGUCAGUUUCGACAAAUCAGGUCUCAAGAGAUGUCAGAUUUCAAUUCAGGCUUCAGGUUAACUUGACCUGUGCCAAGCCUUAAAGAAUUGUAUUCGAAAUUUUAAAAGAUUAAAAUUGAUGUUUCAAUACGAAACCUGGAGAAGCUCUGGAAUCACUCGAAUUAGACUGUAUAUUUAUUGUAUAAUUACUAAUUCAUCAGCCGGCAAAAAUGCAAUAAUAAAUUUUGUUGUAAAUUUUAACUGAAUGUGAUCCACAACAAGGAGAACAGCAGUGAAAAUAUUCUAAUUUUAAGUAAGGAAUUCCCGACGCUAUUUCCAAUUUUGAUUGGAGAAAUGGACGAGAAUCUUUUCGUUUCAAAAUGAUUCUAAUUCAUUCGAAUUGAUUUCUUCAUUCAAAUGGAAAAAUGUUUCCGGGGAAAAGAAAUUAUUUGAUAAAAUAUAAAAAAAGACGAACAAUGAAGUCACGAAGUCUUCCUUAAAACAAAUGUUAAUUAUUUGGUAAUUCAUUCGUAUGCCGAAACCAUUAAAAAUUGUUUUUAGGGUCUGCAUUGGAAUAGUGUUGUUGAUUUAAUUUAAAGAAAUGAGCAAAAUAGUUGCUAGGAACGUAACAGUCAGUAAUAGAGCAGCUUAUGAAACCAGAAACGAAUUUUAAUUAUUUUUUUAGCAUUGCAGUUUAACGAACUAAUUUUUAAAAGAAGGGAAUUGUAAAUAACUGAAGAAAUAAUUGCAAUUUUUAGCCAUCAAAAUGCUAGGCCCUAUGAACAAAAUAUCUGUAUAUUAUAAGUUAUCGGCGACGAACUGAACUACACAACAAACAAAACAAAAGAAAAAUAUACCAAAAAUUAUAGAAUUAAAUAAAAUUAAAAUGAAAAUUGUGUAUAAUUAAUGGACAUAAAGAAAAAAAAAAUGAAAAUCCGUAUAAAUAUGCUAGAACAGAACAAAAAAAAUAGUUUAUUGAUGUUUAUGUGUUGUUAGUUCAAUGAUAAAAAAAACCAAAUAAAAUGCUGAUUUAAAUUAGAACCAAAA